AGCUGAGAUAAUACAUGUUAUAAACAAAAAGUUUAUUUAAAAAAAUAAAUAUUGCCUAAAUAAAAUAUGGUGACUAUAAUGCCCUAUAGUUACUCAGCACCUCGAUGUGGAUUAAUUGAUAAAAUGAUUGAACCCAAGGUUAAACGUCCCAAAACAGAGCAUACGGAUACGAAUGAGAGAAAUCGCCUCUGCUCACAAACGGCCGCUCAAACAUCCUCAAUAAUAUCACAUCAAGCCUCGGCUCAUCUACCCCACUUGCAAGGUCCUUUGCUGGCCUCACAGUCUGCUUUAGCCUCUGCGGCCGUGGCCUCCAGUCAAUGUAGUCCUCUAUCUCUGCCACCACAAACACAACCUUUACAACCCACCAUUACCUCGCUGGCUUCAUUGUCCUCCUAUCAUUCUCUGCAAACCUCACCACAUCAUCAUCCUCACCACUCACAGCUUCUGCAAUCUCAUAACCACCACCAUCAGCAUCAAACGCAACAACAACAGCAGCACCAACAUCAACAACAACAACCCUCUUCACAACAACUACAAAACUCUAGUAGCUGUAGUUUGAGUUCUUCAGCAUCCUCUGCAGCAGCUGUUAACAAUCUACCCUCCUCUCUUUCUAAUACACAAGCCUCUCAAUUUGCUCACACUGCUGGCAGCAGUAGUUUCUCAACAUAUCAACAACAGCAGCACUCUUCUAACACAGCGAAUACGUCGAGCGCUGCCAAUGAGAAUUCCACCUCUCUCUCCUCAUCGACGUCUUCUGCGGCUGCAACAACGAAUGCUUUAACAUCUAGUGGUAUGUCCCACUGGUUAACAGCCGAUCAGUCUGCUACACAGUUGCCUUCGGUAAAGUCAGAGAAUCGUUCGCCCGGCUUAACACAAUCUACGCACUCUCAAACGUCUACGCAACAACAACAUUUACAGUCUUCUCAAGCUGAUCACUCGGCCCUGCACUCGUCCGCCAGUUUAAGCAGUCAUUUGGAUAACGGUAAUCCCAAUUCAGCCGCAAAUCUAUACAGCUGUUCGUCGGUGGCAAAUACGGCCUCAGGUUUAGCGGGCUUGGAUUCUCCCGGUAACUCUUUAAGUUCCUCUUCUAUGGCAGCGGUCAAUUCAACAGCAGCUGCUGCUGCCGCCGCUGUGGCCUAUGAUUCUAAACAUGAUUACUAUAACUACUACAACAGCAUGCAACAGUAUACGCCACCAUUCUAUUCCACCUAUGGUACACCGUUUACCACAGCCACGGGUCGUGCUCCCACCAAAAUAGAGCCUACUUCACCGUAUUUGACUUCCUCGUAUGCCUCCACCAACAAUAAUGCCUCUCAACUUUAUCCCUCGGCUUAUGGCUACAAUAAUUUUGCCCAAUUUGGCUCGGCUUCGGCGGCUGCUGCUCAACAGGAUUACACUUCGUAUUAUAAUGAUCAGUAUGGCAAUUAUUACAAUCCCGCCAAUUAUUCGCCCUAUGCCGUUAGCUCGCCUAGUUCCAGCGCCAGUCAUGGUUUCCACGUGGCAGCCUCCAAUCUCUCGGAAAGUCCCACCGAUACUCACUCCACCACACCCAUUCUACACAAUACCCACUCGCCCCAUUCACCUUUACCGAUCUCGCCCAACAACAAUAUGAAUGCCUCGGCCAAUGUGGGCUCGGCUAAUACCUCAGCUUCGCUACCAAAAACCACACCCACCGGCAAAACAGGCAGAUCAAGGGGCCGUCGCCAUCAGCAACCUAGUCCCACCCGCAGCACCACCUCCGAUACACCCAACAGCGAAGCGGUUAAGCCACCAGAGCGUGUUUUCAUCUGGGAUUUAGAUGAGACCAUCAUCAUCUUCCAUACCCUGUUGUCGGGUUCUUUUGCCAGCCGUUAUACCAAAGAUCAUAGUGCUUUAAUGACCAUUGCAUUUAGAAUGGAAGAGAUGGUGUUUAAUUUGGCCGAUACCCAUUUCUUUUUCAACGAAAUCGAAGAAUGUGAUCAAGUGCACAUAGAUGAUGUAUCGUCGGAUGAUAAUGGUCAGGAUUUGAGUACAUAUAACUUUGCCACAGAUGGUUUUCAUACGGGCGCUCCGCCCGGAGCUCCACCCAAUCUGUGUUUGCCUACGGGUGUGAGGGGAGGAGUGGACUGGAUGCGUAAAUUGGCGUUUAGAUAUCGCAAGAUCAAGGAGAUUUAUAACACCUACCGGGGAAAUGUGGGUGGCUUAUUGGGUCCUGCCAAACGUGAUGCUUGGCUGCAGAUACGGCAGGACAUAGAAAUGGCCACCGAUAAUUGGGCUUCUUUGGCCACCAAAUGCUUAAAUAUGAUUGCUCAACGUGAAAAUUGUGUUAAUGUGCUGGUAACCUCUACCCAGCUGGCACCAGCUCUCGCCAAAGUUUUACUCUUUGGCCUGGGAGGCAUUUUUAAUAUAGAAAAUAUCUACUCAGCUCAUAAAAUAGGUCAGGAAACCUGUUAUGAGCGCAUAGUUACCAGAUUUGGCCGUAAAAGCACUUAUGUGGUGGUGGGUGAUGGCGCCGAAGAGGAAUCAGCGGCCAAGGCCAUGAAUUUCCCUUUCUGGCGUAUUUCCUCACACAGUGAUAUAAGGGCUUUAUAUACCGCCUUGGAUAUGGGUUUCUUAUGAAAAUCUUUAGCCAUUUUAAAGAUGUUUAUGUAAAUUUUUCUAAUUUUUUUCUAACAAAAAUCUAAAAAAAAAUCAUAUAAAAAUUUAAACAAAAACGG